UGGCAACUUGUAUCUGCGGCAUGGUGUUUGUGCCGCAACAAUGUAACUACUGUAAAUAUGUAAAUACCGAAUUUUAUUAUUUAUAUAUUUUAAUAAGCCUUACAAGUGCAAAAUGGUACUACUGACAUUUUCAAACAUGUGUCGACACAUGAAUUUAUUUAAAUAUCCUAUUAGGACAUCUUAUUUUUUGACAUGUGGUCAGUAUAAUGGAAAUAAGUUCUUAGCAAACUGUAUUCAGCCAUCGACUAGAAGAGUUUUAUUUUUGACUCCUAAAAUCAAUUAUAAUCAACUGAUCAGUGCUGUUUGCAAGCCUUCUGUGUUAAACCGACACAAACACAAUGCCUCCAGUUCUGAGAAGAGUACUUCAGAAAUUACUGAAGAGCCUCCUGAGAAACUGUCUUUGUUUAAACGUUACCACAAAAUGCUAAAGGAAUACUGGUAUGUGUUAAUACCAGUACAUAUGGCUACAUCUGCUUUUUGGUUUGGUGGUUUUUACUAUGCAGCUAAGAGUGGUUUAGAUAUUGUGCCAUUUCUUGAGUACAUCAAUAUUCCUGAUAAAUUCAUAAAUCCUCUACGGAACUCUUCUCUUGGUCACAUAGCUGUUGCUUCUGCAUUAUAUAAACUGGCUACUCCAGCUAGGUAUAUGGUAACAUUAGGUGGAACAACAUUUGCUGUGAAAUUCCUGACAAAACGUGGACUUCUCCGGCCAGUUCCUACUAAGGAUGAAAUAAAAACUAUCAUUAGGAACAAAUUGAAAAAGGAUCCUAUUUCUGAAAAGGAAAAGUGAUCUUAGAUUGAGCUAUUUAUAACUGACAGUUUAGUUAGACACAAUAUAAUUCAUGUUUUCUGCUAUAUUUAAGAUAUAACUUCCAGGGAUGUAUAAAGACAAAAUCACAUGAAGAAAUAUUUUGUGCAUUCUAUGUUAAUUUUUGGAGAAUGUCUAGAAGCAGUUGUAUGGUUGAAGCUAAUAAAUCAGAAGUGGUUUUA